AUGAAGGAUGUUGGGUUGCUAGGUUCAAGAUCCUCUGCUAUGGCAAUUUCAUCCCGCAGGGCACUAUGGAUCCGCCAAUGGAAUGCUGAUGCGGAAUCGAAGAGAAAUAUUGAGGCUCUCCCUUACAAUGGUGAGGCCCUGUUUGGAGACAAGCUGGAUGCCAUGAUUUCAACAACUACAUCAGGCAAGUCAGCAUUUCUGCCUUCUGCAGCUGCUCCAGCUAGGAAAGGGUAUCACUCUCAUACAAUGAAGUCCUUUCAGCCCAACAAGUACAAAAAAGCAAAAGGUACCCCUUCUUCGCAGGACGAGGGCGAGGAAGAGGUAGAAAACCUACAACACCAUCAGGCUCGCAAGAGCAGAACAGAUGGACACACAAGCAGGAAUAUCUCAGAAGGACAUCUAAUGUUAUCCCCGGAUUGUGACAUAAAAGAUAAUGACAGUAGACAGGAUUUUCCAGGAGCUAACCCCAUUACCCCAAUUAUACAUCCAGCUCUAUCAGCUGGUCCCUCUGAUCCUGGGAAAUGUUCUCCUGAUCACUCUGAUAUUGGUGCAUCUGUUACAGCUCUGAAAGUAGAUACAGAGUUUCCAUGUGCUAUAGAUGCCAAAUGUUUUACACAGAACACCAAGCGUAUUAACCCACACACAGGUAAGACAGGUGAGAAGGCAUUUCCAUGUUCUGAGUGUGAGAAAUCUUUUACAUACAAAUCAUAUCUUCUUAGACAUAACAGAAGUCACACAGGUGAGAAGCCAUUUCCAUGUUCUGAAUGUGGGAAAUGUUUUACACGGAAAUUAGAUCUUAUUACACAUCAGAGAAGUCACACAGGUGAGAAUCCAUUUCCAUGUUCUGAGUGUGGGAAAUGUUUUUCACGGAAAUCAAAUCUUGUUAGACAUAACAGGAGUCACACAGGUGAGAAGCCAUUUCCAUGUUCUGAAUGUGGGAAAUGUUUUGCACACAAAUCAGAUCUGGUUAUACAUCAGAGAAGUCAUACAGGUGAGAAUCCAUUUCCAUGUUCUGAGUGUGGGAAAUGUUUUGCACACAAAUCAGAUCUUGUUAUACAUCAGAGAAGUCACACAGGUGAGAAGCCAUUUCCAUGUUCUGAGUGUGGAAAAUGUUUUGCACACAAAUCAGAUCUUGUUAUACAUCAGAGAAGUCACACAGGUGAGAAGCCAUUUCCAUGUUCUGAGUGUGGGAAAUGUUUUGCACAGAAAUCAGAUCUUGUUAGACAUAACAGAAGUCACACAGGUGAGAAGCCAUUUUCUUGCUCUGAGUGUGGGAAAUGUUGUUUAACUAAAUCACAUCUUGUUAGACAUCAUAGAAGUCACACAGGUAAGAAGCCAUUUCCAUGUUCUGAGUGUGGGAAAUGUUUUGCACAGAAAGCAGAUAUUGUUAGACAUAACAGAAGUCACACAGGUGAGAAGCCAUUUUCUUGCUCUGAGUGUGGGAAAUGUUUUGCACACAAAUCACAUCUUGUUAGACAUCAAAAAAGUCACACAGGUGAGAAGCCAUUUCCAUGUUCUGAGUGUGAGCAAUGUUUUGCACACAAAUCAGAUCUUGUUAUACAUCAGAGAAGUCACACAGGUCAGAAGCCAUUUUCUUGCUCUGAGUGUGGGAAAUGUUGUCAGUCUCCUUGUCGGUUCCAAAUACAUCAGAGAAGUCACACAGGUGAGAAGCCAUUUCCAUGUUCUGAGUGUGGGAAAUGUUUUACACAUAAAUCAGAUCUUGUUAAACAUCAGAGAAGUCACACAGGUGAUAAGCCAUUUCCAUGUUCUGAGUGUGGGAAAUGUUUUACACGGAAAUCAGAUCUUGUUAUACAUCACAGAACUCACACAGGUGAGAGGCCAUUUCCAUGUUCUGAGUGUGGGAAAUGUUUUACACGGAAAUCAGAUCUUGUUAUACAUCACAGAACUCACACAGGUGAGAAGCCAUUUCCAUGUUCUGAGUGUGGGAUAUGUUUUGCACACAUAUCAAAUCUUGUUAUACAUGAGAGAAGUCACACACGUGAGAAGCCAUUUUCUUGCUCUGAGUGCAGGAAAAGUUUUACCUGGAAAUCCCUACUUGUUAUACAUCAGAGAAGUCACACAGAUGAGAAGCCUUUUCCAUGUUCUGAGUGUGGGAAAUGUUUUGCAAACAAAUCAGAUCUUGUUAAGCAUCAGAGAAGUCACACAGGUGAGAGGCCAUUUCCAUGUUCUGAGUGUGGGAAAUGUUUUGCACACAAAUCAGAUCUUGUUAGACAUAACAGAAGUCACACAGGUGAGAAGCCAUUUCCAUGUUCUGAGUGUGGAAAAUGUUUUACACAGAAAUCACAACUUGUUAUACAUCAGAGAAUUCACACAGGUGAGAAGCCUUUUCCAUGUUCUGAGUGUGGGAAAUGUUUUGCACACAAAACCGUUCUUGUUAGACAUAACAGAAGUCACACAGGUGAGAAGCCAUUUCCAUGUUCUGAGUGUGGGAAAUGUUUUACACGAAAAUCAGUUUGUGUUAUACAUCAGAGAAGUCACACAGGUGAGAGGCCAUUUCUAUACUCUGAGAUAUAAAUCAGCUCUUGUUGCACACAAUAGACAUAACUCAGGUGAAGAACCAUUUUAAUCUUCUGGAGUAUACUCAUCAUUGCCAUGCGUUGUUUUUCAAGGUUCUUAUCCUAUCUCCUAUGCUUUUUGCAAUAUACAUGCUACCACUGGGUAUAAUAAUCAGAUGUCAUGUCCUCAUCUACCACUGCUAUGCAGAUGACCUGUCUUUUGCUCUGGUUACUGAGAACCCAGUACCAAUCCUAAAUGGUUGUCUAGCUGAGCUCCAGGUGUGGGUGAUGCCAGUUGGUGAAACAGGUCCUUGUGAUAGAAGCUCACCAACAAAGGACAGGGCUACAGCUCAGCUUUGCCUACCAACCAGAAUUACGCUUGGGGGUUCAGAAUUACAAAAUGCUGAUCAUGGGGGUGAUUCCAAGUUGUUCGCUCGCUAGCUGAUUGUAGCAGCAUUGCACACGCUAUGCCGCCGCCCUCUGGGAGUGUAUCUUCGCUUAGCAGAAUUGUGAACGAAAGAUUAGCAGAAUAGCGAAUAGAAAAUUCUUAGCAGUUUCUGAGUAGCUCCAGACCUACUCCAACACUAAGAUCAGCUCAGGCCGUUUAGUUCCUGUUUGACGUCAUAAACAUGCCCUGCGUUCAGCCAGGCACUCCCCCGUUCUCCUGACACUCUGCGUUUUAUACUGGCAUGCCUGCGUUUUUCUGCACACUUCCAGGAAACGGUCAGUUUUCGGCCAGAAACACCCACUUCCUGUCAAUCACACUCCGAUCACUUCAACGAUGGAAAUUCUUUGUUCUGCCGUGAUUAAAUCUACAAAGUUUGAGCUAAAAUACUUAGCGCACUGUGUAGCAUGCGCAUGCGCAUUUUCGCAUUAAUUGCUCCGUUGCCAAAAUCGGCAACGAGCGAACAACUCGGAAUGACCCCCCAUAUGCGGAAUCUUGGUGUCCUGGAUGGUGGAGUGACACUUAGACAUCAGGUAUCAGCCACAAUCAGAUCCUCAUCUGAGGAACAGAGCCAGACUCCAGCACUUUAUUCCCUCAGAAGAUCUACCUACAGUCAUACAUGCACUUGUAUCAUCACACAUAGACUACUGCAAUGUCCUCUACCUGGGUCUCCCAGCAAAAGAAUUGCACCGCUUGUAGCUUGUACAGAAUGCAGCAGCCAGGCUGUUACCUAACCAGCCCGUUCCUGCCACAUAACACCCAUUCUCUACCUCCUCCGGCUGCCUGUAAGAUGGUGACUAUUACAUAAUCUUACUGACUCUCCCAGCCCUAUAUGACCAGGGUCUAUGGUACCAGAAGCAGCUUCUGCCUCAUUACUGCCCUGCUUGUUUACUUCCAUCUGCAGAUAAAGGACUGUUACCAGCAGUACCAAGAAUCCCCAAGCAGUGCUGAGAUGUCAGAGGGGGAGACAGGGUGGUGGCACUAGUGCUGUAGCGGGGGCUGACGGAGGCACUGUCUGUGGGUAAUAUUGUCCCCAAGCAGUGCUAAGGUGUCAGAAGGGGAGACAGGGCAGUGGCAGUAGUAGGGGGAGAUAGGGCAGGUGACAGCAGGCGGGGGACAGGGUGGAUGGUCACAGUGCAGUACCAGGGGCUGCUGGAGGUAGUAACGAGGUGUAUGGGUCCUGCACAGAACCAGUUGAUAAUUAGACUUAAUGAUUAUUCUUCCUUAUUUCUAAUGAAUCCCUUAUAUGUGUUCCUGUUAUUUGCUGUGUCAGCCUUUAUGUGUGUUCUGUGUAAUAAUCCUGAAAGUAGUGCUGCCACCGAUCUCAUAUCAUUUGUAGUAACUUGGAAAAGAUGAGAUAUGAGGUGCACUCUGGAAGCUUAUAGGGGGUUAAUCAGAGAUGAACGCAUCCCCUGGAAAAUGGUCCUGGCCCGCCCUCAUUCACCCCUCAGGGAUGCGGCCACAAUGCGUGUGUCUGCAGCCUCUGCACGUGCAUUUUGUCACCACCAGUAAACUGCUGCGGGCCACUAUUGCGGCUGGGUCUGAAUGACCCCCAUAGGGUUUUGGCUCUCCUGAUAUGAAUCUGUUUUACUUACGUGCAAUACUAUAAUGUAACUUGAAUUGUUUCUGUGCUUUAAAGGAUAUUUUAUCCAUGUUGUGCAGAGUAAAGUAUUUUUUAAGUUUAAAAUAUAGAGAAAAAUCUGUUUAUUAAA